GGCCUUCUAUUUAAAGAAGCAGCCAGCAGCCAGAAGCAGGCCUUCAACGUCCUUCUCCAUUUGCCUUUCCAUCCCUUCUACUCUCACACAUCAACUCUCCGGGCAAAAUAUCCUGGGCGCGAUGGAUGCAACGCUACGGAGCAAGAAGGCUCCGCCGGCCACCGCUGCUGCCACGGUUCCGUCGUCAGCUCCGCAGCAGGCGGCAGAGCAGUCGUCACCGCCGCCCGAGUCCUACGCCACCACCGUCGCUGGCGCCGUGAAGGCUAGCGGCAGCGGCGGCGAAGACGACGACGAGCAGGUGGAGAGGUUCUACGCACUGCUGGACAACAUCCGCGCCAUGAGGGGUAUGGUCAGCACCGGCGGCACCGGCACGGCUGCGGGGAGGAAGAAGCGGGCGCGGGACGCCGAGCCACCGUGGCGGCCGGCGUUCCGGAUGGAGGACUUCGAGAUGGUGGAGGAGGUCGACUCCGACUCCGUGGGGUGCGCCGGCGAGAAGAAGAAGAAGAUGAAGAGGGAGAGCAGUGCGAAGCGGCCGGUGGCGGACGAGGAGGAGCAGGAGGGCGAGGUCGUCGUGGAGGCCACCAAAGGUCGCCGGCGGGGGCAGCCGCACAAGGCGCGUCGCGCGGGAGUGCUGGCCGUUGACGGUUGACAGGAAGAUUCAGAAUACACAGGACAUGGUCCAAUUUGCAUGUCUUUCACAUUUAUGAGGAUGGUAUGGUGCUAAUUGUGUAUUGGGAGCAUGUGUCAUGUGCUCUCAAUCAAAAAAAAAAAAACUUUGUCACAUGAUAAUUAUGACUUUCUGAUGUACAACUACUCACUACAGUACUACAGUAGUAGAGUAGUAGUAGCAGCUUGUUGCCUGUGUAGUUUGUAUUUUCCCUUACAACUUCGAUGGGGAAAAGAAGAUCGAAGUUGUAUUACAAUUUACAGGAAAUAAUCCUCUAGAAUUUAAGCGUA